UGCCCAGGCUGUUGUUAAGGGAAUGGACAAUGGACCUUCUGAGGCUCAUGCACCUUGGUUGGGUAAUGUUAAGGGUUGGCCAGGCCGACUGUUGACAAGCCCAUUUGUUUUUGAGGCAGGUACAUUCUCCAAGCAGUCCCAAAAUAAACCCAGCCCAGGUAUUACGGGCCCAAUUGUUGACAAUGGGAAUUUAGAGUCAAGCUCCUCAGGCCCGAGCUCAAUCUCGUCUGGUGCGAGUCAUAAGGUACUCCCCGCGAGCUCGUUGGGUGAUUCUCUACCACCAAGGGCGACGGCGAUGGCUCCGACGGUCACCUUGGGCUCGAAUUCCUCCAUAUCGGCACUGGAAGUUCCAGGUGGGAGUGGUUUUAGCAACCAGGUGAGCCCGAGCUGGCAUACCCAGUCCCUAACCUUGCCGAUAUUGACAGCGGAAGUGGUCCAGGCUGCAUGCGAGCUGGGUUCGUCUCCCUUAGAUCCGAUAUGUUCAUCGUUGGAGCCGGUGGGGAUGAAGGUGCAGUCAUCAGGGGAUCCGAUAGAUAUUCCAGUGGAGAAGUCGUCAUCUCCGGCAGCGACGAAGGAUGAGGAUGAGGAAUUGUUGGGUUCGGAGGUAAGGGUGACGAUGCAUGAGGCUUCUGAUUGUAAAGUGGUAUUUAGUUCUUCUCCCACUAUUAGGGAAUUGGUCAGUGAUUUGGAUAAAUCAUGGGGUAAUUCCAAAGAGUGGAUGCUACAAUUGAGGGAUGGUCGACAAAUAGUGAUUCCGCUAUCUCUAUAUCGAUCUCCAGAGAGUGUGUCGGAUUGCUCAGUGUUGAGACUGUAACAGGUAAUGAUUCUUUUAUCAAUGAAGGUCAGAUGGUUAGUUGGGCAGAGGACUGUGAUGGGUUAGUUGAUUCUUUGUCUAUUGUUAUUGAGGCAGAGGAGGAGUUGUGGGAUUUUGAUGAGAGGUCGAUGACUUGGGAGUGUAGUGGCAAGCCUUUAGUUGUGGUUCCUUUGGCCACAGAAGUUCCUUUGGAGCUGAAGUGUAGUUCUGAGCUGGGGGUUGGGUGUAAGGAGUCGGUUGAUGGUAAUAAUUUAUCACAAUGGGUAACAAAUCGGAUUAAGGCCUUUAGAAAAUCAGUGGGCACUUCUUUGGAAGGUUUUGAGGAGCAAAUUAUGGGAUUGUUGCUAGCUAUAGAGGCCAAGAAAAAGAGUAAAAAGCUUAAAGCAGUAGAUGAUCAAAUGAAGCAGGGCAAGUCGAGGCAGAAAGGUCAGCAGGAGUUGAAAAAUUUAUUGACCUCUAUGAAUGUCGAGGUUGGUUCAACGAAAUCAAGGAAUGUAAGUAAGGAGCGGGCUGUGGUGGUUCAUCAAUGAAUUUGAAGAUUAUUUCUUGGAAUGUUCGAGGGCUGAAUGAUAGGGAUAAAAGGCUUCGGGUUCGUAGUAUGGUUAGGAGAUGGGGGCCAGAUGUUAUUUGUCUUCAAGAAACUAAAAUGGAGUUGAUAACUAGAGCUGUGAUUCGCAGUUUGUGGAGGGGUCAACAUGUUGAUUGGUCUUAUUUAGGCUCUUGUGGAGCUUCUGGAGGGGUGCUUCUGAUGUGGGAUACAUGGGUUGUGAAUAAAGUGGAGGAAGCUGUGGGGCGAUUUCGGUUUCUUGUAGAUUUACAAGUGUGUCAGAUCAGUAUGUCUGGGCGUUUUCUGGCGUUUAUGAUCCUAAUUCUAUGAGAGACAGAAGGUUAUUAUGGGAGGAAUUAGUUGGUUUGAACAGUUGGUGGAAUGUUCCAUGGUGUAUGGGUGGUGAAUUUAAUGUGGUAAGGUUUCCUUCCGAGCGCUCUAGUUCUACCUCUUUUACUGUUGCUAUGCGGGAGUUUUCCAGUUUUAUUUCUGAGCAAGGCCUCAUUGAUAUUCCGCUGCAAGGGGGAUCUUUCACUUGGUCUAAUUCUCGUGAAGUUGUUUCGAAGGCUAGACUGGACAGAUUUUUGUUUUCUGCAGAUUGGGAGGAUAAGUUUCCUUCUGUCUCUCAACAACGCUUGCCUAGGCUGUUAUCUGAUCACUUCCCGAUUGUUCUUGAGGGGGGUUCAUUUCAGAGAGGUAGGAGGCCGUUUAGAUUUGAGAAUAUGUGGCUUAAAGAUGAGGGUUUUGUGGAGAGGGUGCAAUCUUGGUAGGAUUCUUAUAAUGUACUAGGAGCUCCGAGUUUUGUUUUGGCCAAUAAAUUGAAGCUCUUGAAAAAUGAUUUGGAGAAAUGGAAUGUGGAGGUUUUUGGAAAUGUUGAAGAUCAGGUGAGAAAAUUGUGGCAAGAGCUUAGUGAUUUAGAGAUGAUUAAGGAUAGUCGAGCUUUAUUGGAGGAGGAAAGGAUGGAGUUGGAGAGAGUUCGA